AUGCUUCCACCUCUCUACAUUUCACAACUUGUCGCUCUACUUCCUCUCUCUCUCUCUCUCUCUCUCAAUCAUACUGUUGCUUUGUACUCCAAACGGGCUCUCUCUCUCUCUCUCCACUCAGCGAUUGUUAUCUUCCUAACUCCUACUCCGGCGUCUCCAACUACUACCUUCGUCGGCAGAGUUACUGCAACUACUAUUACGACUACUGCUACCGCUGCUGAUGCUGCUGUUGUUAUUACUUCUGAUGCUCAAGCAAUUAGUACUGCUACAACCAGUACGGCUCGCUGUAUUACUAUAUUCGAUAUUAUUACUACUGUACUUACCAGUGCCACUACUACUGAUAAUGCUACACCGUAUCGAAUAUCCCUUUUACACAUCUCUCUUCCUCUCCUCUUUCAUGGUUGCUUUAUUUUGGAGUUUCCUUUGCUGUGCAAAUCGCUCUCCUUUCUGAUGCAGACUCUCCGCAUCUCCUUACUCUCCCUUAGUUCGCGCUUCAAGAUGCUCGUUCUCUCUUUAAAGUUUCAUCAAUAUACAUCAUUCUUCUACUCUCUCUCUCUCCCUGUAUCUUCAGUCGCUCUCGUGAUAUACCCCUGUUUUGUGUCUCUUCACUUUCAUCUCUCUUUAUCUGUUCUUAUCUUUUGCCAUUCUUUUCCCCUCUCAUACACAUCUUUCUUGUCUAUUUUCUGUUUUUUCCAUUCAUUCAUUUUUCAAUUUUUUCAAUUUAACUCUCUUCAAAAUCAAACUCUCUUUCAAACCCACUUCUCGUCUGUACUUCCUCUCACCUUCCAUCAUCAUGCUUGUUUUUUUUUUUCUUUUCUCGCACAUUCGCAUUCUCAUUACUAUAUGCCAUCGAGGAGCAAUAAAUACUUUCUUUGUGAAAUAAAAUGUUUUUUUCAUUAUUUUCUAUAUCUUUCUUCUCGACCAUAUUUUUUUUGUUUCUCCUCACUACGUUUCUUUACUUCUUUUCUUUUUUCUCGUUUCAUUUCCUUCUUUCUUUUCAUAUUUCCCCGGUUCCUCUCUACUAAACCAUCUCCUCCUCAUCCUCCUCGAUUUCAUCCCUCUCUCCCUCCUUUCAUCCUUUUGCUUCCUCAUUCCCUCGAUGAGCAAACUUUACUUUCUUCGAAAUAUUCUUUUUCGUUGCGUUUUCUGGGUCGUUUUCUUUGUCACAUCGAAAUAGGUUUUUCUUAUUUCUGUUGCUGCUCGCUUCUUUUUCUUCCCAUUUGCGUAUUGCUCUUAUCUUCAGUUUCUUCUUAUUUUUCACUGUCAUUUUCUUUUAAUUUCAAUUUCUCUUUUUUCUUGACAUCUAUUCUUCUUCGUCUCACUUUUCUCUUUCUUUUUUUCCCCUAUUCUCUUCCUUAUUUUAAUCUUCUUUCUUUACUUCACUAUCUUUUUCUUUUCCUUUUUAUUUUAUUCGUAAUUUUGUCCUCUUUCAUCUUGGUUAAUCUUUUCAAUCUCUGGCACGUUUUUUUGGUCUAUUUUCUUCUACUCUUCCUCAUCCAAUUUCCUUUUCAUUUCUUUCUCUUCAGUACCUUUUUCUUUUACUUAUACAGUUUUUUUAUAUACAUUUUCCUUCCAUUUUUUUUCUCCACAUCUUCAACUCCACUUCCUUCUUUCUAUUCCUUCAUAUCUUUUUAUUCCCGCUUCUCUCAUAUUAUCGUUGGCAUGUUAUUUAAACAGAUAGUUCUUCUUCUGCAAGUUUUCCUCCUUCUUCCCUAUAGUAGUAAUACAUAUCUGGUUCUCCUUCAUCUAUUCCUCCACCUGCCUGCUUAUUUGGCCUCUCUCCUUCUACCUCCCCACAUAUUCUUUUCCUUCUCUUUCAUCUCAGACUUCACUCACGGUUUGAGACGAAAAUAA